AUGCUUAAUGCAGACUCCGCUUCGGCCGCUUUCUUCUACUGUGCACGAAGCACGGCGGAGCCAGCACGAGCGAGACCUGUUGAAGUUUUGUGCGCCCUGCUCAGACAGCUUUGCACUUCGAACCCAGAUCAACCUGUCAAGAACCCUGUCGCCAGGGAAUAUGAGGCUCGGAAGAAGAAGGCGGAAGAAGAUUGUUCCACAAUUAAGAGGUUGACAGUUGAAGACUGCACCAGAUUGAUUGUCGAGCUUACCAAAGAUCAUCCGGCCACCAUUAUUCUCGAUGCUCUCGACGAGUGUGACGAGGGCACACGUCCUGAGCUUCUAGAAGCAUUUGAUAGUAUAAUUAGCAAGUCUGCGAACGUCGUGAAAAUAUUCGUUUCCAGUCGCGAUGAUAUCGAUAUCGUGAGUACCUUCUGUCAUAUUAGUUCUUAG